AUGCUCUUCCCAACAGCACUUCUCAGCGUCAUAUUGGCCACAACCAUCCUCGCUCUUCCUGUGCCUCAGCUAGCAGGUGAAGGUGCCGCAUGCAACUCAAUUUUCUCCUCCACCGACAACGCCAUUGGAUUCGGUAUCAAAAACGCCGAAGACAAGAUCGCCAGCCAUAUCUCAGACAUCACUCAUCUCGCACCCCGUCAACUGGCCGGUGAAGGAGCCGCUUGCGAUUCAAUCUUCUCCUCCACCGACAACGCUAUAGGAUUCGGUGUAAAGAAUGCCGAAGACAAGCUUGCCGGCAAUAUCACAAGCGUCAAAGAAGGAAUUACCAGCAUGGUCAAGCGUGUUUUUGACUCAUUGAAUAGACGUCAACUUGACAAGAUUGCGAAUGGUUUCCAAGACAUUACGGAUGCUGCAGGGGUUGGCUUCACGACUACUCCAUUGACUGGAGCUCUGGAUGGUCUGGAUGGAACGACCACUUCUAUCCCGGCGAAUAUUGGCGCUUCUAUCGGUGACGCGGAGGAGAAUAUCCUGGAAGGUCUUGGAAAUGCAGUGCCUUGA